GGCAGCCCCUGGACCUGGUCCUGAGUCCCACUUUAGACUCCCUUGGCCCUGACUGUGCGCAGUGUGCAUGCCAGCUUGUGAGUGUUCUCAGGUGUGUGGGUCUGUGCAGGCUCCCUUCUCAGGGUGGCUGCCUCUGGUCAGGAGUCAUAUCCUGAGGGGUCACCGCUGUUAACAGACCACAGAGCAGCCCAUCCCUGAGGGGCAGAGCUCCAGAUCAGUAGUAGUGCCAGGGGGUCUGGCUAAGACCCUCUGAGACUCCUGCCUUGUCUGGAUGGUGUGACAACCCAUCCAGGACUGUGACCUGCCUUUGAGGGACAACAAGUGCCUGUCUGUCCCGUGCUCCCUGAGUGGGAGGGAGUCCUGACACAGGCCUUCCCUGGAGGGCUUCCAGCCUCCACCUGUGCAGGGCGCUCUGCCCCAGGGUGUGCUAUGCCCACAAAAGAGGAGGACCCUCCUUUUACCCCUACUCAUUCCAGAGCAGCCAGGACCAGGGCAGGGGUCUCCCUCCACUGGGAUGGGUGGAGCUGGGGCCCAUCUGGAGUGGGCCCAGCCAAGGGGCCAAGCGCUGCUAGCCCCCUCCGCUCGGUCGCCCUAGGAGCGCUGGCAUGGAGACCGUCACCCCCUGGGCAGCUGAUCAGAGCGGGAGCGCGCAGCGAGAGCGCGCACCGAGGGGCUGCUCUGAGCUGCUGCAGCAGGGGUACUGCGCUGGCCGCGCCCAGUGUCCCCGCCCAGCCCCUGUCUGCGCCAUCCAGGCGUUGCAGGCCCAGGGAACCCAUGGAGCAGCUGCUGCGCGCUGAGCUGCGCACCGCGACCCUGCGCGCCUUCGGGAUCCCGGGGGCCGGCUGCAUCAGCGAGGGCCGUGCCUACGAAACAGACGCUGGCCCGGUGUUCGUCAAGGUCAACCGCAGGACGCAGGCCCGGCAGAUGUUUGAGGGGGAGAUGGCAAGCCUGGAGGCCCUACGUAGCACAGGCUUGGUACGGGCGCCUCGGCCCUUGAAGGUGAUAGACCUGCCGGCAGGUGGGGCUGUCUUUGUGAUGGAGUACUUGAAGAUGAAGAGCUUGAGUAGUCAGGCUUCCAAGCUUGGAGACCAGAUGGCAGACUUGCACCUGUACAACCAGAAGCUCAGGGAGAAAGUGAAGGCGGAGGAGAACACAGUGGGCCGGAGGGCUGAGGGUGCAGAGCCCCUGUAUGUGACCAAGUUUGGCUUCCACACAGUGACGUGCUGUGGCUUCAUUCCACAGGUGAACGAGUGGCAGGAUGACUGGGCGACCUUUUUCACCCGGCACCGGCUCCAAUCACAGCUGGACCUCAUCGAGAAGGACUAUGCUGACCGGGAGGCACGAGAACUCUGGUCAAGGCUGCAGGUGAAGAUCCCGGAUCUGUUUUGUGGCCUAGAGAUUGUCCCUGCCCUGCUGCAUGGGGAUCUCUGGUCAGGAAAUGUGGCUGAGGAUGAUGAAGGGCCCAUUAUUUAUGACCCAGCUUCCUUCUACGGCCAUUCUGAGUUUGAACUGGCAAUUGCCUUGAUGUUUGGGGGGUUUCCCAGAUCCUUCUUCACAGCCUACCACCGGAAGAUCCCCCAGGCCCCGGGGUUUGACAGAAGGCUGCUGCUGUACCAGCUCUUUAACUACCUAAACCACUGGAAUCACUUUGGGCGGGAGUACAGAAGCCCAUCCCUGGGCACCAUGAGGAAGCUGCUCAAGUAGCAGAAGGCUCCAGCAAAGGGCAGGGAGCACCUGAAUAAAGUCGGAGCAGGCUCUUGGGUCCCAA